GUUUGUCACCAGCUCAUCCACAGCGAAACCUUUCACCUCCUGUUCCAGCCUCUCCUCGCUCCGAUUAUCUUCCCCUGUACGAUGACCAUUCAUCCGAGUUAAUUGAUAUGCCCCAAGAUGAACUAUCUGAUAUCCCAGUCCCACUGCAAGACCUAUGGACAUCAUUUUUGGGCACGCAAACUUACAAGCUUCAACCUCUGACAGAUAUCUACAAUGAAUUAUGUGGAGCCAUAAACAAAGUAUGAUGUCGACAACUUUGGCAUUGAUAUUCCAUACAUCUCAUGACUCACCUUUCUCCCCAAAUAAUGUAUCUCAUUUCGCAACACCACCUUGCAGACAGAAGCUCGCACUGGUGAUCCCAGUUAUCCAUGGCCCUCACUGGCGAUGUUUACCACUGAUCUACUAUUUAGCUCCCCUCGCCUCCAAUUCUCUCAAGCUCAACAAAAAGCAAUCCUGUCCUGGGCUAACGAGUUAUUGGCUAAAAAUGUUCCAACCCUCCACGUGUUGAAGAAAUGUCAAGAAACCAUACGCCAUCUUGUAGGAAACCCGACUGAGAAGGUAGCCACAAAAUCGGGAUAUAUUUUUUAUCAGAACUCAAUCGGCAAAGCAAUCGCAAAGGUAUGGACAUUGAUUCAUUAUUUCAAGUACUCAAUGCACUCUGUUUUAGGACUAUUCGAACCCGAUUACACAGUUUUCUAUGCAAGAUUACCCCAAAGAUGGAGAGGGCAGUAUGUCUUAGGUGCACCAUGGCUCCAAAAUGCUAUUAGACCCCCAUCUGUCCCUUGCGGUGCCCUCUGUUUUCGCAAAUAGCAAAAUCUUCUUCAUCAAUGAACUCCUGCAGCAAUCCAGUGGCGCUUACUUUAUCCCCAAGCAGUUCUUUCAAUCCAGAGACCAGUCAGACGAUGUGGAGAUUCUGUCGCUUGGGUACCCAGUUGCUCGUUCAGAGGCUGGUUUUAUUGUAGAUCUGGAGUGUGUAAUUGCUUCAACAUCUACGUUCAAGCGCACAUAUGAAGAUAUUCACGCCAACGAGCCAGAGUUUUGUGGCUUUACUGAGCUUGUUCCUCUUACUAUACAAUACACAAUAGACUCGUCUAGACACUUCGCCAAUCAGAUGCCCAACCCUCUGCGUG